AUGCCUGAGAAAUCAAGAAAUGUUACCACCAUAACACAAUUUUUGCUCAUGGGAUUCCCUGAUGACCAGGUGCUACAAGGACUAUAUGUUACCUUCUUCUUCCUGAUUUACCUGGCAGCACUAAUGGGGAACUUCCUCAUCAUUACCCUCACCACCACUGACCAGUGUCUCCAGUCCCCCAUGUAUUUCUUCCUAAAGAAUUUGUCCUUGAUUGAUAUCUGCUACAUCUCUGUCACUGUGCCCAAAGCCAUCAUAAACGCUCUGACCAAAAGCCAAACCAUCUCUUUCCUGGGAUGUGCCUCACAAAUUUUUCUUUUUAUGUUUUUGGCUGGCACAGAGUAUGCCCUCCUUAUAGCAAUGUCCUAUGACCGCUAUGUUGCCAUCUGCCAUCCUCUAUACUAUGAGGCCAUCGUGAAUAGAGGCACUUGUUGGCAGAUGGUGACAGCAUCAUGGUCUAGCGGGUGUAUCUAUGGAUCUGUCCAUGUUGGAGGUACAUUCUCUGCCCAUCUCUGUGGUCCUAACAUAGUGCAUCAGUUCUUUUGUGAUAUUCCUUCAGUGCUCACACUUGCUUGCUCUGGAGAAAAUCUAGAAUAUGCAUUUAUUAUUGCUAGCUGUAUUUUUGCCUUCGUAUGCUUUCUCUUCCUGAUUGCCUCUUACAUUUACAUUUUCUCAGCUGUCCUGAGGAUCCCAUCUGCAAAAGGCAGGCUCAAAAGUUUCUCUACCUGCAUGCCCCACCUCAUUGUGGUGAUGUUGUUUCUCUUUUCUGAAUGUAAGCCUUCUGCCUGGAUGCUGUCUGGAGAUGAUGCCACUGCUUGUAAUGGCUUCAGGGUGAGGACCUAA